UCCGUGUAAACAAGACUGACCCGACGGUGCGUCCAGAAAUCAUUUUCUCCCGAUCUGUGCGUAUUAAGAUGAGCAGGUUCCGGUCAGCAGUGCAGAACGGCAGGAGAGCCGGGCUGGAGACAGCAGCGGCCCCGAGGCGGAAGAGGUCCAAGACAGCGGGGAAAGACGAGGAAACCAAAGAUGUGUCCUUGCCUUCUUCAUAUCACACUUUUACUGAGGAUGCUGUUGUGGGAUUUCGUGCUCAACUCCUGAAGUGGUAUGACAAGGAGAAGAGAGAGCUGCCUUGGAGAACACUGGCUAUAAGCGAAUCGGAUGUCAACAUCAGGACAUAUGCAGUGUGGGUUUCAGAAAUCAUGCUGCAGCAAACACAAGUCGCUACAGUUAUCGACUACUACAACAAAUGGAUGAAGAAGUGGCCUACAGUGCAGAAACUUGCAGCAGCAACACUGGAGGAGGUCAACCAGAUGUGGGCUGGCCUUGGCUACUACUCCCGAGGGAAAAGACUACAUGAGGGGGCGCAAAAGGUGGUGUCAGAGCUGAAGGGGCGGAUGCCCCAGACAGUGGACAGCCUGCUUAAAGAGUUGCCCGGAGUAGGACGUUACACUGCUGCAGCUGUAGGCUCCAUUGCACUGGGACAGGUUACAGGAGCUGUGGACGGCAAUGUGAUCCGUGUGUUGUGUCGCAUCAAGGCCAUUGGAGCUGACAGCACAAGUCAUGCAGUGACAGAGGCUCUAUGGAGUUUGGCUAACAUGCUGGUGGACCCAGAGAGGCCGGGAGAUUUUAACCAGGCCAUGAUGGAGCUGGGAGCACAGGUGUGCACUCCUAAAGCACCGCUGUGCAGCCGGUGUCCCGUGCAGUCUCACUGCCACUCUUAUCACAAGGUUCAUGUCAGACAAGAGCAAAUCUCUAAGAAGCUUUUGGGAAAGCUGGACAGAAAGCCACCUGUCCUUCCUGAUAUCGAGGACUGUAUGACCAGUGGAACAUGCCUGCUGUGUCCCGCGGAGCCCUGGGACGAUGCACUUGGUGUGCAGAACUUCCCCAGGAAGCCGGCAAAGAAGCCUCGCAGAGUGGAGCGUUUUCUGACCUGCGUGGUGACGCGGCCUGGAGAGGAGGGAGACCGAUACCUGCUCAUACAAAGACCACACAAAGGCUUGCUGGCAGGACUGUGGGAGUUCCCCAGUGUUCUACUGGAGGAGGAAAGCUCUGUGAUGAAACAGAAGACGGCGCUGUGUGAUGAAAUUAACCGACUACUGGCGACCCAUUUGACUGAAAGUCUCUUGCAGUAUGUGGGAGAAGUACUUCACAUCUUCUCCCACAUUUCUCAGACCAAUGUGGUUUAUAGCAUACACCUGAAGGAGAGCGAAACACAAGCUCAGACCGAAAACGCACAGUGGCUGUCCAAAUCGGCCCUGCAGGAAGCCGCUGUGUCCACAGGACAGAAAAAGAUCUUUAAACUUUAUGACUCUGUGGACAGUCCAAAGGAAAAAGAUGACAAGGGUGGAAAAAAGCUAAAGCGGCCUGCGAUUAAGAGUAACAAGAAACUCCAACCCUCAAAUAACGCUAAAGGGAGCGCUGCAGAUGGUGGGAGCCGGCAGCUCUCACUCAACUCUUUCUUCAGGACUGUGAAAGAGGAAAACUGAUAAGAUCCUCAAAUGACUUGGUGCCGUCUCUUGUUAUCAGUGUUUUAAAGUGUAACUGAUCCAUGAUCCAUGUCUCCUCAAAGAUGGUGUUAUUGUCUUGUCACAUCCCCAGUUUUUUACUGUGUGACAUUUAGGACAUAUACUGUGUAAUUUUUUUUUUGUAUUUUUGUAACGACCUUGUUUUUAUCACUAUAAAUAUGAACUUUGACUCAUUUGA